AUGAACGCUGUCAGAGCAUACUUCGAGUGGAUGCCCAUCCGUCAGGUUGAGAUGGACGACAACCUCCGUAUCUGGAGAAGCUUCAGCAUUGGAAGUCUGUUCGACUUGAUCAUGCUCGACACACGUCAAUACGACCGCUCCAUCACCGAUCUGUACUGGAACACUGACUACGUCCACGAGCUCAGCAACGACGCUGGUAGAAGUAUGAUGGGCAGCAGACAGGAAAACUGGUUCUACAACCAACUCUCCCAGUCUGCCAACCGUGGUGCCGCUUGGCGUUUGAUCGGUUCGCAGACCGUCUUCUCUCGCGUCAACGAGUCUGCUGCUUAUGGCAACACCAACCCUCUCGACUACGAUGCCUGGGACGGCUACCAGGCCAACCGCAACCGCACUCUAUCCCACCUCUACAACAACGGCAUUGGCAACAACAUCGUCAUGUCCGGUGACUCCCACGCCUCCUGGGUUUCCGACCUCGUCUGGCUCGACCACGAAGGCUACAACUCGACCUCCGGCAACAACAGCAUCGGUGUCGAAUUCGCCGGUUCUGCAGUCUCCUCCCCCUGCCCCUACGGCCAAAACAUCACCCUCCAAGCCGCCAACAACGCCUCCAACUGGCUCGUCCACGCCAACGACGAGUUGCAAUGGAACGACAUUUACUACCGCGGAUACUUUGAACUGCACAUCAACUAUGACGAGGUCACUGCCAACUACUUUGGCAUGCCCACCAUCAUCAACCGCAACCCUGACGAAAUCUCUCUUGCUAAUUUUACCGUCAAGAGCGGUGCUAAUAAAUUGCAGAGACCUGUUGCUGGUGGUAUUGUCGAGUCUGGCGCUUUGAAGAUUGGACAGGUCAAGCAGACUAAUGCUACCAACAACACCGAGACUGGUGUUUGGUUUGUUAGUCAGGCUAAUGUGGAGGAUAUUUAG